GUUUGGUGGGCAACUGUUAAUAGCGAUUUAGUCGAAGGAAUACAAAGUGGGAAGAAUUCUCAGGCUAUCUUCCAUUUGGCCUUGUUUGAUUCAGCCAACACCCUUGUUCUUUUCCAUCACAUAAAAACACUUGCUUUUGCUGUCAAGUUUCCAUUUUUUGUCUUCUUCAACAAACAACAAUCAAAGAAGAAAGAAACCCAUAACCAAAAGAGAGAAAAUGGAGUGGCAUGCUUGUCUUGAUGAAUAUGAAAAGCUUGUUAUUAGGAUGAGUACACCCAGGGUCGUGAUCGACAAUGCCGUUUGCUCUACUGCGACUCUUUUUAAGGUUGAUAGUGCUAGAAGACAUGGAAUUCUGUUGGAUGCUAUUCAGGUUUUAGCAGAUCUGAAUCUUUCAAUUAAGAAGGCUUACAUUUCAUCUGAUGGCCAGUGGUUUAUGGAUGUUUUUCAUGUGACUGAUUUAAAUGGAAACAAGUUAACUGAUGAGAGCGUUAUUAGCUACAUUGAACAGUCCCUUGAGACAACUCAUCCUGAUAUAAACCAUGGAUUUAAUGGCUUAACAGCCUUGGAAUUGACUGGAACCGAUAGGAUUGGUCUUUUAUCCGAAGUCUUUGCAGUUUUGGCCGACUUGCAAUGCGAUGUGGUGGAUGCUAAAGUAUGGACUCACAAUGGUCGAAUUGCUUCUUUGAUCUUUGCAAAAGACUGUAAUUCAGGGUCCCCAAUUGAGGACUCGCAGCAAAUCGACAAAAUAGAAGCUCGGUUAAGGAACGUCUUGAAGGGAGACAAUGAUAUUCGCAGCGCAAGAACCUCAGUUUCCAUGGCUGUGACACACACUGAGAGAAGGUUACAUCAAAUGAUGUUUGCGGAUCGCGACUAUGAAAGAAAACCUAUGUUACAGCAUACGUUGGAUUUGCCUGCGGUCACCGUGCAGAAUUGGGUGGAAAGGGGUUAUUCAGUUGUGAAUGUUCAGUGCAAGGAUCAAACCAAGCUUUUGUUUGACGUUGUUUGCACAUUGACAGAUAUGCAGUACGAUGUGUUUCAUGCGACUAUCAAUACAUCCGGGGAUAAGGCAUGGUACUUAAAUUUUUAUAUUAGGCACAUAGAUGGAACCCCAAUUAGUUCGGAACCUGAAAGGCAUUGUUUAAUCCAAUGCUUACAAGCUGCUAUCGAAAGGAGAGCAUCUGAGGGAGUGAGGCUGGAGUUACACACAUCAGAUAAACAGGGUCUAUUGGCAGACGUGACUCGGACGUUUAGAGAAAACGGUCUUAAAUUGACGAGAGCCGAAAUAUCAACAACGAGUGACACGGCUCUAAACGUGUUUUACGUGACUGAUGCAACCGGGAACCUAGCAGACCCUAAAAUCAUCGAAUCGGUAAGACAAAAGAUCGGUUUAGGGAACUUGAGGGUAAAGGAAUUGCCGUCGAUAUAUCAUGAAAAGGCCGAAACCGAAGAGCAAGCAGUAGGGGUUGGUGGGGCAGUUUUGUUAUCACUUGGGAGCCUAGUAAGAAGGAAUCUAUACAACUUGGGGUUGAUUAAAUCCUAUUCUUGAAGUGGAAACUGCAGUUGGCAUAUUCUUUUCUUAAUCCCUUUGUGUACAUAUG